AACAUGCUGUAUUUACUUACCAAGGAUAUCGAGAAAUCCCCCAAUAGACGUAAACAUACAAGAGAGGGAUUAAGACAAAACAAAGAGAUAACUAAUCAAGAAAAUAAGAAUUACUUUAGUUCUGAUACACUUCAGAGAAAUACUAAAUCUGGUUCUAAAUUAAAAAUUUCUCAAGCUAGAGUUGCAAAAAAUUUGAAGAAUAAUACUAAAAAUAAAACUGCCCUUGAUCUCAUAAUUCAAAGACAAAGCAGAAGAAACCUGCCAAUAAUGAGGAAAUCCAUUAAUUUGAAACUUCAAGUCAAUCAUAUACGAGAUCUAAUCUCCCCUGCGCCAGUGGUUAUGAAGGGAAGAACAAAAACCCGAAAAUUGCUAAAGAAUACUUUCACUCACAUAAAGAAGUUAGUUAGAAAGAAGAGUAGUUGUAUCAACAAACGGAUGGCUAAAACUCAAGUUUGAUCCAACAAAGCCAAUAAGAGGUGCAAAUUUCAGCCACAAAAAUCAUCAACUAAAAAGUUAACAAGCAUCCUUGAUGUCAUUGCUAGAACUUCAAACAGUGCAAACACAAGUGCUAAAUCUUCAAGAAAGGGAUGAAAUGAGAAAGAGAAGCCAAAUCUGUUAAAAACCAGAACAUCAAACCUCUUUUACAAGAGUCUGAAUAAGAACAUAAAGACGAUUCAGGAUAAGUAUUUUUACUUGGGCAACCAAUAUGAGAAGUCUUCUCGUAAAUCACCUGAGAAGGAUUCAACAUCUUCCCUGGAAAAUCUUGGAAAAGGCUUAGUAGUUAUAGUAAGUAAAGAAGAUAGUAUCCCAAAGAGUAGCAGAUUGGUCAAUACUUCUAGAGAAAAUGGUUCACAGUUGACUCACUCAAAGACAAAUAGUAAGGACGUUAGUAGGGUUCUCACCGGAGAUGAAGAUACUCCUAAUAUUUCGAAAAACCUCUCUGUCCUAUGAAACAGAAGCAAAAAUUCUGCUUCAUUCACAAUGGCUCUUGGUUCGGAAGACAUUUCUAACUGUUCUGGAUCUCCUAUAUCAGGAAGAGUAAACAAAGAUGCCAUCAGGAAAGGAUCAAAUGAUAUUUGCCCAAUAGAUGAGUUCAAACUAAUUCCAACAAAUCCUAAGCAAGUAAAUCCUAGGAAGAAGGAAACAGCAGCUGGACUUUCUUCAGAAAACUCAAGUGAGCCCCAUUCAAACAGACAUAUGAUCUUUCAAAAGAGGAAAAGUGACUACAAUAACCUCAAAGUAAGACUUGGAGACAAGGAAAGACGUCAGAGAAGGAAAAUUCUCAGAAAACCAAGCUCAUUUAGUCAAGUUGAAUAUUUAGAAACCACAAAAAAAUUUAAGCAAAGGGGAGAGGUUGAGACAUUAGAAUCUUGAAAUUCUAGCGAAGAAAAUACUACUAUGAUGCCAAAACUGUCAGAGAAAUCAGGAAUGCUUAGUACAUUCUGCAAAAAGAACUCAGAAUCUAGAAGAAAAUUGAGUGGACACGAUACAGUUAAAAUGAGCCCUCUACAAUGGCAUGAGCGAUUAUUUAAAUAGUGGGCAAAAAGAUACUGUCUCAAAGACUCCAUGAGAUAAAGGCGUGUUAAACAUGAUCAGUGGGGACUCUUCAAGCAACUGAAAGUAUAAGAGUCCUAAACCACCCAUGAAGGAGAAGUUAUCAUUUACGAGCUUCCUAAAAGUUGAACCACAUAUUGCUUACCAGACUCCUAUCCACAAUUGUGAAAAAUACAGCAAAAUAAAUAGUUUCAAGCAUGCCCCGAACUAUCCAAAGCUUUAUCAGGGAUCUAAAGAUGAGAGCACUCCUAAUAGCUGGAAAAUAGAAGAUUUCUCCUCAGCAUUAGAAAAAGAGUUCGCCCUCCGACAGUCAAAUAUACUAAAUACAUCUAAACUCAACAUAAUAGGUUCUUCUAUUAGUAAAGAAGUUGCUAAUCAGGAUGAAAGAUAUAUAAUCGCUUCUCGUCAUAGCAGAGCAAGUUUCCAUGCUCCAAGAGUCAAUCCAAUAGAGUCAUCCAGCAAAUGCAAACAAGUUGAAGGUGGCACCUGCCAAAAGCCUCAUAUAAAUCUACUUUCAAACACUCAGAACAGUAAAAAAGAUUCGUUGAAUAUUUUUGCAUCAAGAAGUCCAAGAACUCAGAAAAACAUAAGGCCAAAAUACAAGAAAUCAAAGAAAUUUUAUACCAAAACUAAUCUGGAUUUCUCUAAGGCCAAUAUAAUGAGCGACAUUUAAGUACCAGUAAUUUGACCUAUAAAUUUUAUGUGAUUGAA